CAGGGGGCUGGACUAGAAGACCUCCAAGGUCCCUUCCAGCCCUAUUUUAAUUCUAAUUGUAUAGAGAACGAGGGAUUGAAAAGUGGCCGGUCCCUUUAAGAGUGAAACUUCCGGCGACGCUACUUUGCCCCUCCUUUAUUUUUGUUCCGUUGCUUAGCAAACGGAAGGCGGAAACCGGAAGUAGCCGUUUGGCCGAAUUCGGUGUGGCCACGUCGGAAGAAGGCGGGCCCCACCCACCGGCAGCGCUCAGCCCCUCUCGACGCUCAGGUCUUUGGCUGAGAAAAGAAGCAACCGGCGGGAACGAGGAGCACGAGGCCCGGUGUCCAGUCACCAGUUGGCGAAGGGGAGAUGUCGGACCUCGGGGACUGGUUCCGGAGCAUCCCGCUUAUUACCCGCUACUGGUUUGCAGCUGCCGUCGCGGUGCCCCUCUUCGGCAAGCUAGGCCUGAUCAGCCCCGUUUACCUCUUCCUGUGGCCCGAAGCCUUCAUCAACCGCUUCCAGAUUUGGAGGCCAAUAACUGCCACAUUUUAUUUCCCUGUUGGCCCAGGGACAGGCUUUCUAUAUUUGGUGAAUCUCUAUUUUUUGUAUCAGUAUUCAUCACGUCUGGAAACAGGUGCUUUCGAUGGAAGGCCGGCCGACUACAUGUUCAUGCUGCUGUUUAACUGGAUUUGCAUAGUUAUUACUGGCUUAGCAAUGAAUAUGCAAUUGCUGAUGAUCCCCCUGAUCAUGUCAGUACUUUAUGUUUGGGCCCAGCUGAACAGAGACAUGAUUGUGUCCUUUUGGUUUGGGACCCGGUUUAAGGCAUGCUAUCUGCCAUGGGUUAUCCUGGGAUUCAACUAUAUCAUCGGAGGCUCCAUCGUCAAUGAACUGAUCGGCAACUUGGUUGGUCAUCUGUACUUUUUCUUAAUGUUUAAAUAUCCAAUAGAUUUGGGAGGAAGAAAUUUUCUGUCAACACCUCAGUUUCUGUACAAAUGGCUGCCCAACAGAAGAGGAGGGGUCUCUGGAUUCGGGGUUCCUCCUGCCAGUAUGCGAAGACCCGUAGAUAAUCGCCAGGGAGACACAAGGCACAACUGGGGCCAGGGAUUCCGGCUUGGUGAUCAAUGAAACAAACAAAAAAACUUUCCUGUUUCCCCCCCCCCCCCUUUUUUUUUUUUUCUGUGAGGAACAUCUUCGACAACACAUGGGAAUGUUUCUUGCUGUGGAGGGUAUCCGAGGACCAGGUUUGCUCUAGCGUUGUUGCCUCAGACCCGUUACGAAAUCUUGUUUUGUUCCCGGUGGAAGACAACAUGACUGAAGAGACAAGAUAGAUUUUAAUCCAGGCCAUUAACUUCUUUAAUUCACUGCUGCCAUUAAAAAAAAAAAGAAUGAUACAUUUUUUUUAAGGCUGUCCAACAAAGCAUCCUUUCUAAAAAAAGCUCUCUCAAGGGAAUUCAUGUUCGUCAAUUGGUCUUGUAGCUCUCACUUCAUGAAAGAACCCUACAAAAUCCUCCCUGAAUCCAAUUUGGGGUCCCCCCCCCAAAAGUCAUCAGAGACUUUUCUUCCUCCGGUUUGAAUUAAAUUAAAAUGUCCAGGUCUACAGCAAUGCUAAGUAAAACACUUCAGGUAUCUACAGUUGCAUUUCUCUUUUAUUUAGUGAGAAGCAACUUUUUUUUUUUUAAAUCCCCUUUUGGAUUUUUUCGAUUGGUAAUGAAUUCUACCUGGAGCCAUUAAACAAAGGAAGAAAAAAGUUUGGCUGAAUAAUGCUAGUUUUUAAUUUGCAAGCUUACCUUGGCCUCUGUACUCUGUACUCCCAGCAUAGCAAAUGUGGCACCUUUUAAAUGCCCAGUUCUGUCUGCACUGACUUUGGAGCGAGUCCUAUUGAUCCUGAUUUUGAUGGGGUUUAAUCCUAUGCAUAUUUAAUUCGAAACGAGAAAAAAAAUGUAUGAUCUGUUGCCUCGAAUGUGUAAGGGUGGCUUUGAUGUGCGUAUCCUGGCAUGAAGGACUAGAGAAUGCUUCUCCUCUCGCGUUAUGUGCGAGAAAGACCGACAAUGCACAAAGAUCUGUUGAAUGGUUAAUGUAGAAAUACCUCUGUGUAUAACGAUAAAAGCAACAGGAACCAGAUAGCUGAGCUUAAUAAAACAGAUAACUGAC